CUCAGGAACCGAAGAUACCGCGAUUUGUCGCGUUGUAGACGCGACUCAGCAUUUUUUCCGCUUUCUCAAGCUCGCACCAACUGCUGCCAACAUAAACAAAAGUAUUCAUUAUGAGCGAACGCGAAUUAGAAGAAACAUUCGGUCUUGACGCCAAAAAAAAUAGCGAUGUUGUACUUGAACUGUCGUCUUUGUGCCGGAUCUACGACUUAUCGCCACAAGAUAUCAAGUUCAAAUGGGAAGCUUUCACCCUUAAUUUGGGUACUGGUGUUCUGACCCCUACAGUAGAACUCGUUCGUCAGCUUAAAGUAAAUCUCCAACGUGAACUUGAACAGAACUUGCAACAAAAGAGUCAGCAACCAGCAGAACAGCUACAACACCGCAAAGAUUCUAAAGCUGGUUCCAACAUGAGCUUCGACCUUUCUGAAUAUACAAUGGAUACGGACGAAGGCGACGCACUCGAGAAUUUCAUGUCACGCCUCACAAGUACUAACAAUAAACGAGCAGCGACCACCAAAGCAUCACGUGUGAGCGACGUUAUGGACAUAAGCGAGCAAUUAACCUCAAGCCAAUCGCAGGAGUCUGGAAACAAAGCUGCAGCUCCUCUCAAAGCUGUCAAUGCGGUUGAAGAUUCACUUAAUGGUAACUUGUCACUGCGUGGACCAGUCGACACAACGAAAAAACGAACCAAGAUCGAUUUGAUUCGACCUUCUGUAAAAGAAUAUCGUUACAUGUUUGAAAAGAUCAAAGAUCGCGCGGAUGUGCUAGACGAACAAAUCGACUAUCUCUCAGAAUACAUUAGCAAGGAUAACGAACAGGAAUUUACAAAUCCAACUCGAGCAAACCAGGGCGAAAUACUGGCAGUCGGUCGUAUUUGCUGUGACGCUGCGGAAGGAAAACUGAAUGACAAGUCUGUGGUGCUCGAAACGUCCCGCGAUUUGGGUAUGGGCAAACGUGUACGUUUGGAUCUUGGCAAAGUACAGAAUUAUGCAUUAUUCCCUGGUCAGAUUGUGGGCGUAAAAGGAACGAAUAUUACUGGGCGAGUAUUUGUUGCAGAAGAAAUCUUCGUGCCGCAAGUGCCAUCAGUUUUAGAACGAAAUGCAGAUGAUUUAACUGAAAUCAGUCAACUCACGCAAGGAAAACCUAUCGAGAUCAUUGUGUCUGCUGGACCGUACACAUUGGACAGCGAUUUGUCAUAUCAGCCACUGGAUGAGCUGUUAAGGUCAUGUACAAAGCAACGGCCAGAUGUCGUGAUAUUGCUGGGACCUUUUGUUUCAGAGAACCACCCAGGCUUUGUCAAUGGCUCAAUAGACGCUCUGCCUGAGGAUAUUUUCCAAGAACGAGUGGCUAGUCGACUAUCCAAAUUUGCGCAAGAAUGUCCCGGUACUCGAGUGAUGAUUCUGCCUCAUGCUGACGAUAUCGUCCAACAGUACCCUGUAUUCCCUCAACCAAGUUUACCGGCACAGUCGCUUGGAUUAACAAACAUCGAGACAUUAAGCAAUCCAGCAUUGGUUGACAUCAAUGGAAUUGCGUUUGCGAUUGGCAACAUUGAUAUUUACAAGCAUCUGAGCAGAGAAGAAAUAGCAAAGAGCAACUCAGAUCGAUUAGCAAGAUUAUUUGGACACGUUUUGCAACAGCACAGCUUUUAUCCACUGUUCCCAGCUGCAUCUACUGAUAGCAUUGACGCUGAGCGGAUUGCAGACAUCCAAAUACCUGUCAAGCCCGAUAUUUUUAUCUUACCGUCUCAACUAAAACAAACCAUAAAGUCGGUGGAUCAAGUACUCUGCGUUAAUCCCGGUCAGUUAUCUCGACGACAAACAACGGGUACCUAUGUUCGAUUUACUGUUCAUGGCCAGCCUAGCAACGUCAGCUCGACUGACAAUGAUACAAUCAUGGAACGUACACGAGUAGAUUUAAUCAAACUGUAAUAUAGUACUCACAAAACAAUUAAACAGCAUUUUCAUUUAUAUAGUUGUUAACCAA